AGACUCUGCUUGCAUCAGAGGCAACAAAAGAGCAAAACAAAAAACUGAAAGUUUCUCCAACUCUCAAAAGAAAAGAGAAGGUCGAAUGGUCCUGGAGAAGAAGAAGAAGAAGAUUCUCUCUUUCGAUCCUUUGAUCUGAUCUGAACCGGAGAAGAAGAAGAAGAUGGGGAUCCUGUUCACGCGGAUGUUCUCUUCGGUGUUUGGCAACAAAGAAGCUCGUAUCCUCGUCCUCGGUCUCGACAAUGCUGGCAAAACCACUAUCCUCUAUCGGCUUCAGAUGGGGGAAGUGGUCUCCACGAUUCCUACUAUUGGAUUCAACGUGGAGACAGUUCAGUACAACAAUAUCAAGUUUCAGGUCUGGGAUUUAGGUGGACAAACGAGCAUCAGGCCAUACUGGCGAUGCUAUUUUCCGAAUACACAAGCAGUGAUCUACGUUGUUGACUCCAGCGAUACAGAUCGAAUCGGGGUGGCUAAAGAGGAAUUCCAUGCUAUUUUGGAGGAAGAGGAAUUGAAAGGUGCGGUUGUUCUCAUUUUUGCAAACAAGCAGGAUCUUCCUGGUGCACUUGAUGAUGCCGCUGUGACUGAAGCCUUGGAGUUGCAUAAGAUCAAGAGUCGUCAGUGGGCUAUCUUCAAAACUUGUGCUGUUAAAGGCGAGGGCCUUUUCGAAGGAUUGGACUGGUUGAGUAAUACAUUGAAGUCGGGAAGUGGCUAGAAUCAUCUUCAUACACUGUCUCGUCAUCCCCUUGGACAUUACAUUGUAUCUUCUCUUCUUUACUUACUGGGUUGUUUAGUAAGUUGAUUAGUUCUUCAUUUAAAGAGUUAAAUAUCGAUGAGAUGUUUACUUAUUAUUAUUCUUUUCCUUUUGAGAGAAGAUAUAUAAAAACCUUACACGGAUUUGUCAAUGAAACCCAUAAAGAGAACAGUCUUUUAA